AUCGGGAUCGGGACCGGGAUCGGGACCGGGACCGGGACCGUGUCCGGGAUGAGGAGGGCGCGUCCGAGCGGGGCCCGGGCGCAGCCUACCACAUGUUCGUGCUGAUGGAGGAGCUGCUGGACAAGCUGAAGCUGCUGAGCUACGAGGAGGCCCUGCGGCCCCACAACAUGCGGCCUCUCUCCAGGCACUACUUUGCACUGCCCACUAAUCCUGGAGAGCAGUUCUUUAUGUUCUGCAUGCUCGCUGCCUGGCUCAUCACUAAAGCAGGACAUCCCUUCCAACAGCCACAGGAAUACGAUGAUCCCAAUGCGAUAAUAUCCAACAUACUCUCACAAUUGCGGUCAUUUGGAAGGCCUGUGGAUUUUCCUCCCUCAAAAUUAAAGGCAGGUUGUGGAGAGCAAGUGUGUUAUGUUCUUGAUUGUUUGGCUGAAGAAGCCUUGAAAUACACUGGCUUUAGCUGGAAAAGGCCAGUAUAUCCAACAGAAGAGCUAGAAGAAGAAGAAAUAACAGAAGAUGAUGCAGAAUUAAUACUUAAUAAGCUUGAAGAGGAUGUUGUGGAAGAAGAGUCAGACAAUGAAGAAGAUUUUAUUGACCUGAAUGUUCUAAAGGGACAAACGUACAGAUCAGACAUGAAUGACACUCCAAAGCAUGAAGAGAUUUUGCAGUCCACAACAGAUGCAGUAGAGUGGAAUCUGGAAGUGGAACGUGUGCUUCCACAGCUCAAAGUUACAGUCAGGACUGACAACAAGGAUUGGAGGAUUCAUGUAGAUCAAAUGCAUCAGCAUAAGGAUGGAAUUGAUUCUUCUUUGAAAGAAACUAGGGGUUACCUCGACAAACUCCAUAAUGAAAUCAGCAAAACAUUGGAAAAGAUCAAUAGCAGGGAAAAGUACAUCAACAAUCAGCUGGAGCACUUGAUUCAAGAGUACCGUUCAGCACAAGCCUUGCUGAGUGAGGCUAAAGAGAAGUACCAGGAGGGAAGUGGAGGAGUAACUGAAAGGACUAAAGUGCUCUCUGAGAUUACAGAAGCAUUAGAAAGAGUAAAGCAGGAAACGGAAGAGAAAGGAAGCAGUAUGACUGAUGGUGCUCCUCUAGUGAAGAUUAAACAGGCCUUAACAAAACUGAAGCAAGAAACCAUUCAUAUGGAUAUACAAAUUGGUGUGGUGGAACACACAUUACUCCAGUCAAAGCUGAAAGAGAAGUCCAAUAUGGCUAGAGAUAUGCAUGCAGCAAUGAUUCCAGAAGCCACAGUAGGUGCCUAUUAAAACUGUUUGGAGCUGAUGUGCUUUGCCCAAAAUACAGUUUUUCUACUGUUUGUUAUUUGAUAAUUCAGAAGUUUCCUUUUUGUUGGGGAAGGAAAACUUUGUUUCUUGUUUAUUUUUCACAAGAUGCUUGCCAUGCCCUUUUAAGAAGUAACAUGCACACUUUGGACUGAACAUGGAGCCAUUUGUAGCUUUGUGCUGUAAGGAUUUACUGCAGAUGCCUUCCAAAUAUGCUAAUAAAUUCUUAUUAAUGAACCUC